AUGAGAAUGGUAGGCAGCCGGUCCGCAAAUGGACCGCAGCUUCAGACGCGAAUCCGUCGUUGGAGAAGCUACCAACCGGCGGCGAAUCCUAAUUCCGAUAAUGGUUUGGACGCUGAUGAGACAACACCGCGGACGUCGUCUGGGCCAUCAGCUAGACCGUUGAGAAAAGGGCUUGAGUUGGAAUUCAUUAACAUUGCACAUCCUCAUGAUGCCACCUCCUCAACCGCCAUUUCUAGCAUUCGCUCACACGCAGCACGAGAUAUUCAUGCUUCGCGUCGCGCGUCGGCCUCGCAGCCGAGGGUUGAGAGGAGAAUAAGAAUGCGAGUGGAGACCGACGGGGACUCUCAUUUGAACAUGGCUUGGCCAGUAGACUUAAUGAUUCCUAUUUACAACGACUUGUUUAAUUGCUGUGCGCGACCUAUAACAAAGCUUGAGCAUUUUCUUCUCGCAUAUUAUGCAAAGUCAGUUAUCCCAAACGCUCGGAUUUGGUGUCCCCAUGGCGACGAGGAGUCCUUGUUCCUUGAAGGUGUGAGGCUGUAUUGGCUCCCCUUUGUAAUCACAGACACUGCCUUGUUAGCUGGUAUAUUUCUAUCCUCGUGUCGUAAUCUUGCACUCCAUGGGUGUCACGCGGAAGCAAAUUACGACUAUUCUCAAAUUGCAACGAUGUACAAGCUCGAGUGCAUCAGAUAUGUAAAUGCAGCUAUUGCCGCAGAGAGACCAAUCAUUAACGAAACUAUAAUUGCGAUAACCCUACUGCUGUGCGCAGAUGACUUUAUAUGCAAGAACCUAAAUGCCUCAGUUCUGCAUUUUCAAGGAAUAAACAAAAUGAUAAAGUUGAAAGGA